UCCGCCAUAGAAGGUCAUCCAACGGUAACAUGGCGGCGGCCGGGAGCCGCGGCUACCAGAUAUGUCUAUCAACAAGUAUUAAGCUUUUGUGCACAAGAUCUCAAGUUCCAGCACUCAACAGAACUCAUAUUUACAGUAUAUGCAACCGUUCUUCUACAAAGCAAUGUCAGGUUCGAUGUUACACAUCAGAUGGGAGGAGGGGCUUUCUUGGUGGUUUAUUGGACAAUAUCAAACAAGAACUAGCAAAAAACAAAGAAAUGAAAGAUAGCAUUAAGAAAUUUCGAGAUGAAGCAAAGAAGUUAGAAGAAUCAGAAGCUUUACAAAGGGCACGGAAAAAAUAUAAAACCAUUGAAUCUGAAACAGUCAAAACCUCAGAAGUUUUAAAGAAAAAGCUGGAAGAGUUUUCAGAAACAGUAAAAGAGAGCCUCGAUGAAGUUGGUAAAUCUGAUAUUGGUAAAAAAAUAAGGGAAGGAGUAGAAGAAGCAGCAAAAUCAGCCAAACAGUCUGCGGAAACUGUCAGCAGGAGCGGGGAGAAAAUUGGGAAAACUACUGCUUUCAAAGCAAUAUCUCAGGGUGUUGAAUCUGUUAAGAAGGAACUAGAUGAGAGUGUCCUUGGGCAGAGUGGGACCUACCGGUCACCGUCAUUGCUGAGGAAAAGAAGUGACUUUUCAAAAGCUAAAGCCACGGAGGAAAAAGUAUUUGAAGCAAAUGAAGAAGCAAUGGGGAUGGUGCUGCAUAAAGACUCAAAAUGGUACCAGCAAUGGAAGGAAUUCAAGGAUAAUAAUAUUGUCUUUAACAGAUUCUUUGAAAUGAAAAUGAAAUAUGAUGAAAGUGAUAACACAUUUAUUAGAGCAUCACGAGCCUUAACUGACAAAGUGACCGAUUUGAUAGGGGGGCUGUUUUCUAAGACUGAAAUGUCAGAGGUACUGACAGAGAUUCUGAAAGUUGACCCCCACUUUGAUAAAGACACAUUUUUAAAGCAGUGCGAGAGGGACAUCAUUCCCAAUGUUCUCGAGGCUAUGAUGAGAGGUGAACUCGAUGUUCUGAAGGAUUGGUGUUAUGAAGCAACUUAUAGCCAGCUUGCACAACCCAUUCAACAAGCCAAGGCCAUGAAUCUUCAGUUCCGAUCCAAAAUACUUGACAUUGACAAUAUCGAUCUGGCAAUGGGGAAAAUGAUGGAGCAGGGACCUGUUCUAAUUAUCACCUUCCAGGCUCAGCUAGUCAUGGUUAUCAAGAAUCACAAUGGAGAAGUGGUGGAGGGGGACCCGGAUAAAGUGUUGAAGAUGCUUUAUGUGUGGGCUCUUUGUAGAGAUCAGGAUGAGCUGAACCCAUAUGCUGCCUGGAGACUUCUAGAUAUUUCUGCAUCAAGCUCUGAGCAAAUCCUAUAAAGGAGGGACCUGGUUUUGGGGAUUUUUGCAUUCUUCCAUUGUGGACCCAUCUCUGGGUGUCAUUGGAAAGUGAACAUACUAAGUCAGCAGAGCCUUAAGACUCUAGGUGCUAAUGUGUCAAAAGACUGCUGAGGUUUUGAUGCCAUUAUCAGUCCUAUAUAAAAAGACGAGCAAAUCAAAUAAAGCAUGGCUGCUGUCUUGUAAAUAAUUUGUAUUAAAUAAACAAUAGAACUGG